AAGUAAACAAACCGGAAUUAUUUCACAAGAAAUCAAAAAAUAAUUAAUUUUAGAGGGUAAAAGGAGGUUUUUAAAAUGGCUUUGGUAGCAAACAGGCCAUUUAUGGAGCCAAUGAAGGUCAUGCCGGAAUCACUUGGACGUCCUUCGAAGCGUUUAAAACUGAUGGCAAAGAAGAGUUAUGGUCCUCUCUCCUCGAUUUUGGGUUUUAUCAAUCAACUGGAUGCCAGUACCAACAGUAAUAAGACCCUAGAAAUCCUUGCCGAGAUCCAAGAUGGUUCGCAAUACGACGAAAGUGAAUUUCCCGAAGCCAUUCGUCGAUUAUGCGAACUUUUCCGCAAAGACAAGGAGUCCACGGUGCGGAUCAAGGUCCUUUCCCUGCUCGUGGAUCUCGUGCACGACAACAAUUACGACGGAAACGCCUUGAUCGAUGACAUUAUGUCACUUUUAAAGCAAGAAACUUCCGCGAAAGUCAUUUCGCAAGGCUUGACAGUUCUCAUGCGACUUGGCAAGACUUUAGGAACAAGUUGUUCCCAAAUCCCCAAAAUGAUUUUAUUCGCAAAACAAAAGUUACUUUCGCCAAGUCACAAUGUCCAACGGCACGCUUUGGUGUUACUUGGUUCAUUUUUGCCCCCAGAUGCGGAACAAGAAAACCUAAAUUUAGUGGGGAAAUACACAGAUUCGCAAGAUGCCCGAGUUCGGGCGCAAGCCUUCAGUAGCAUGCUGGCACUCGGGCAACGUGGCAUCGAUUUGACGCCGAAUUUGUACCAACGGGCCGUCGAAGCGCUCAAGGACGACUACGAAUGCGUUCGGAAAGAGGCGUUACAGCUAAUUUUCGAGAUUGGCGUGCGACAUCCGGAACAUUUGAUCAAAAUUGAGGACUCCGAUCAAGAAAUCCGGUUAAUUGACGACGCUUUUGGCAAAGUUUGCAUCAUGUUGUGCGACCUUUCGAUGCAUGUGAGGACCCAGGCAGCAGAAUUGCUUGGCGGGAUGUCAAAAGUAAGCGAGGAAUUUUUGCAUCAAACGUUAGAUAAGAAGCUCAUGAGUAACAUGCGUCGCAAAAAGAGCUUGCAUGAACGUUCGUUGGAGCAUUUUACGUCGGGCGAGUGGUCAACGGGCAAAAAAUGGGCCGAUGAUGCCCCGAAAGAGAUGCUGGCGGCAGAUUCGAUCUCGUUGAUGGCCUCGGGAGCAUGUGGCGCCUUAGUUCAAGGACUGGAAGAUGAAUUUUUGGAAGUCCGAACUGCUUCGGUAGACUCCAUGUGUCAAUUGGCACUGACAAAUCCAACUUUUGCCGUUACUUCGUUGGAUUUUCUCGUCGAUAUGUUCAACGAUGAGAUAGAAGCGGUGCGAUUAAAGGCCAUUUUUAGCUUAACUGCGAUUUCGAAGCAUAUUAUUUUGAGAGAAGAUCAGGUUGAGAUAAUUUUGAGCUCCUUGGAGGAUUAUUCCGUGGAAGUGCGAGAGGGAUUGCACAUCAUGUUGGGUGCUUGCAAGGUUUCCACGCAAAAUUGCUUGACCCUGGUAGUACAAAAGGUGUUGGAUGUUCUUUCCAAGUACCCACAAGAUAAAUUAUCGGCUUACGGAUGUCUACAAAGAGUUGGACAGAAGCAUCCGGAGCUCUGUAUGUCACUGACGCCACAAUUGCUGCAAGAUCACCCGUUUUUUGACAGUCCCGAACGCGAUGUCGAAGAUCCCUCGUACAUUUGUAUCUUAAUUAUGCUUUUUAACGCAGCCCAGCAUCUCCCGCCGAUGUUAAGCCUCUUCCCAGACACCACCGUCAAGCAUUACGCCUACUUGAGAGACACGAUGCCCAAUUUUGUGCCGCGUCUCCCGAUCGGCGGAUCUCCAAUCGAGAUGAAUUUAACCGGAGCCACGGGUUCUCGUCAAUUCCUCGAAACGCUUUUGGUCAAUAUUCAAUCUUCUUAUUCGGCGCCAAAAGCAAGACAAGCACUUUUGCAGGCGGCGCAGGAAAAUUUGGCCCGACUCGCAGCGAUUGAUCCCUCGUUAUCGGGAACGGCGAAUUUUACGGCGGAGUUUUUGGGAGCGCAACUUUUGACGGAGCAGUUGCAGUCGUGUGUUCAGUCGCAGACGCAAACGAGAGCUCCGAGUAAGGAAUGUUUGAAUCAACUCGUGCGGAGGUGUUUGAAGUUGCAGAAUUUGUUUUCGAAUUUGACGUUGGAUGAUCAGUUGCUGGUUAAACAGAUUUCGUUGAGAGCGAGUGCGUUGCAGUUGGUGCUCAUUGUGAAAGAUAAAAAUCAAAGUGCUCUGGCUCCGUGUCAGCUUUUGUUGCAUAUUGCGUCGGAUGCGAGCGUUUUUCUCGAGGAUAAUCCAUACCUCACUCCCGAUUCCUUCACAAAAGCUAUUCUCAGUCAACUCGCUGUCCUCACAGAUCCCAAACCCGGUCGAGUAUUCCGUGAAAUCCUGCCUAUUGUACAAGUAGCUGCUCCCGUCGCCACUCCACUAAUCAACAUCAACAUAAAAAUGUGCACCGCUCGCAUUCUGGAGCCCGUCGAAGCCAAUUCCACAGAAAAUGUCUUCAAAGUGACGGCAGGAUUGAUCGCCGCCUUGCCUCUUGUCGUUGAAAUCGAGAAUUUACAAGAGAAUCAAGUACAAAAUCUGCGAAUUAAAAUCAAAUAUCCCGAUCAAAACACUUACAUGGCAGUUCCUCGUUUGCGAGACUUGAAAAAAGUCAUCUUGGAAAAUGGAAAACCCUCAGACGAUAAAUUGAAGCUGAGAACGCAGGUACUUUUAUCGCAUGGCGUGUGGACGGAAGCAUCACAAGUCGAGAUUUCGCUUUGUUUGAGUGUCAGACGACCGGGAAACGAGUUGGAAUUGUGCAAACCCGUCAAAGUGACACUUUUCCCGAAACCCGUGAAGAGAGGAAUUUAAUUCUUUGUGUUUUUUUUAUUAAAUAUUCUUUUAUCAGAAAUACACUUUAG